AUGAGAGAGAGCGACAGUGAGGAGAUGAGCCAGAACCCGUUUGAUCAGAAAAAGAGGGCUAUUUUGAGCCAGAUCGAGUCGACCGAUGAGACUCAUCCUGACGCUUCGCCGAAAGGCACGCUGGACGUGCUGCUGCUGCCGUUGAUAGAUGUCAUUAAUAGCCACAGCGACUAUGUGACGACGUCGUCGUGCUCGGGCAGAGUCAGUGUGUUUCUCGAGGGGAUGAAAACAGCAUCUGAACUCGGUGGGAAGGGCGAUGGCGGGAAAUGGCUGUUUAUCACUCAUGAUCCAGAGGAACUGAAAUCAACUGACUGGUGGUCUUUGGUAACCGACCACCGCGAACAUGUAUCAGAAUCUGAUGUCAGUGCUGGGGUUUCCAGUAUAGGUAAUGGUGAACCGGCGAAAUACGAUGGUCAGAGAUACGUGCUAUAUAAAUUCGAAGCGAUGAUUCUCCAUGUGAAAUGCCGGGACCGCGCCAGUGCCUCUGCUCUGUACACAGCGGCCAUGAGCUGCGGGUUUCGAGAAAGCGGGAUCGGGUCCAACGAUCUCGUGGGCAUUCGUAUUUCACUGCGACUCGACGUUCCAAUAGCAUAUCUCAACAACGACGGCACUACAACUCCGUUAGUACCCCGUCAAUACAUUGACCAUCUACAAACCAUCUCACUCGACCUGUUCAACAAAAACACCGCCAAAAUCAACCAGCUCCAUCGGACCGUCGCCAGCAUGAUCCAGGCCCAACAAACAGCCGCCAAUAAACCACAAACCGCCAAAGAAACAAAAGAACAGCGUCGCGAACGCAAACACCGCGAAGGGCUCCUCAUCCAGGCCCAAACCCGCCAAAUUACCCCUGAAGCCCCUUUGUAG